GAUGAGGCACUGCCUCGACCAGAAGACUUUGAGUGCUGGGGCAGCGUGUCAACGCCGGAGCCCUCCCCGCCAUCGCUGCUAUGGCCCCGGUAUGUCGAGCGUUGCACGUGAUGACGCCCAUCAGCAAAUUCGACGCACUCGCCGCGCGAAAAGGCCGCGGCGGCGGCGUCCUCUUCGUCGUCGCGUUCCUAGCUGAUGCUGAUGAUGUGCAUUCAAGGUUAUUCUUGAUUCAGCCCGAACUCAGAUCAGCACACUCUCUCGGCAACAUCAUUGUGAUUGUCGCGGCGCUCAUUGCUCUCACAUCAACCCCGGUCUUCCCUUCUUCCCUCGGGUGGCUAGGUGGCUCUUGGCGAGUCUGCAGAAUUGCGUAUAAAGCUCUACACCUGUGUCCCAUUCGUGGCCGGACUCGCCUCUUGGACUUUCACCCGCGCCCACGAUUUCCCACCACCUGCGUGAUGGUGCACGCUGGCAACUUCUGAGCUCAUCUCUCCUCUGCCAAUCACCGACAUGAAGCGGUGAGCAUUUCAAUUAUUUCAGCU